UCACGUCUGUUACACUGAUACAGUUCAAUAGGAUUUUCAGACUUUGAAGGCAGUUCGGUUGCCUCAUCUGCGGUGUGGCUGGAGCAGCAGUGAAAGUGAACGCGCAGCUGUCAACCGCUGCAAUCAGGUAUUGAUGCGAGUUUAUCAUUCACCUUCCUUGCCAUUAUCCUCUUGUUAGUUGACAAUAGUCUUUUUUUUGAGGGGACAAAUUAUUAUGGACCAUUAGUUUGCACCGUAGUCAGCAAGCGUAAUACAUAACAGUAUGGCGAAAAAGAGUUUGUUAUCCAAAAAGUCUCUCAAGAGUAUGUUUUCUAAGAGCGAGGCGAACUUGGAGUCUGCGGAUACGCGUAUUUUUGAAGAAACGGUUGACGUGGAGAAAAAGAAAACAGUGUCUACUAAUAAGUCUUUAAAAGCAUUUUUUUCUAAAAGUGAUAUCAAACUCAAUGAAUCUGCCGAGUAUGAGGAUCGAUACGGCGGAGGAAAAACUUCAAAAUUCAAGAAAAAGACAAAGAACAACAAAACAGUCAAACGAGGCCUACACGAAAACGACAUCAGUGGUGCGGAGGCUCAGGGACUGGGCGAGGCCAGGGUCCAAGACAUGUCGCCCAGCGUCAGUAGGCAUGACGAGAGGACCUUCCUCUACGGCACCGCCCCCAGGGCAAAGGCUGAAGACCUCAGUGUCUCCGAGCUGGACCUCCAUAAGCAUAGAAAGUUUGGCACCUUCACCUUUGGACUGUUGAAGAGGAAGAAGAAGAGUAGGGGACUAUCCCAAAGCACCACAGAGCUUCAUGGUCCAGAGGUCAAAGGGCAAGAAGAAGAGGAAGAGGAACCUUUGGAUCUAGACACCCGCACAUUUUUCAGUACCGUCAAUCCGUUGCCACUUGACAACCAAUCACUGGCCAUGGACUUCCUGAGUGAUAGCCCAGAUAUGAGCACAGUGGACAAAAUGAUGCGAAGAGCACCAAUAGCCACCAUGCCCGAGUUUGAGUGGGAGGAGCCUAUUGACGUUCAGAGAGAUGUUUCUGACCAUGACACAGACAGCGACCCUCACAACCUGAUCCCAACACAUCCAACCCAGACUUGGAUGAACGACUCCAUACAGCUAUCUCUGGACUCGACCAACCAGCCCAGCUGA